AUCUUCGGGAGUUAGCUUUGGCUCGGAUGGAAGACUUGGACUUGAAGUGCCGUGAUGUUCGAACACGUGAGGCUGGAAUUCAGGACAUACAUCGCAAAAUUAGGCCAGACCAAGUGGAGCUUGUUCGUCGUGGUUUUAUGGCAAAUGAAGGAUGGGAAACAUUUCUUUCAUAUGAAGAUACUCGCCAGGAUAUUCUAGUUGGGUUACUGCGAUUAAGAAAGUGUGGCCGGAACACUACUUGUCCCGAACUCAUGGAGAAGUGUUCUAUUGUUCGUGAACUCCAUGUUUAUGGGACUGCUGUUCCAGUUCAUGGGCGGGAUUCUGACGAGCUGCAACACCAGGUAAUAUAUCUUGUACAUCAACUGUUUUAACUUUUAUGUUACCGUAAGUGUUGAGAUGAAUAUAUUGGGGGUAAUGUGCUCCAUCAAACUUCAGAAAAUCAUGGGAGUAUUCUCUCUAAUAACAUGUUCCCUUUUGAUGGAGGAGGCCGAGUGAUUGCUAGCAGGGAGCAUAGAUCGAAAAAGAUUGCUUUUAUUUCUGGAGUAGGAACUCGUCAUUGCUAAAAGAAAUUAGGCUACGAGCUCAAGGGCCUUACAUGGUCAAACAUCUCGUAUGACGAGAUAAAGAAAACUAGUUUUCAUACAAUUUUGUAACAUUAUCCGAAACAGGUUGUAACUUGCAUUGCAUAACCAGUCUGUCUGUUUUGAGAUUCCAAUAGUGUGUGCUAUUUACUCUCUCA